AUGUCAGCAGAAGACCCUCAAGACUUGCAUCCACGAAAACGCGCGCGAUUGACCGGCCCGGACAACCUCUCACCCGUUGCUGCACCCGCUGCGAAUGGAACCGCCGCGCGCAAUGAGAAGGUGGAGGCCGAGAUCGAGAAGGAGGUCAGAGCUGGUAUAACGGAAUACGUGUGUCCGGAGAAUGCGGGGUUCUCGGGUAUAUUGAAGCAGAGGUAUACCGAUUUCUUGGUAAACGAGAUUCUACCGAAUGGGAAGGUAUUGCAUCUCGAGAGCUUGCAAGUGCCGCGCAAUAAGCAGGAGCAGGAUGGGAACUUGAAGACUGAGAGUUCGGCAGGUGGUGAGGCCGUGAAGGCGGAGACGGAAGUCAAGAAAGAAGUUGUGAAGGAGGAGCCAGUGGUUAAGGCUGAGCCAGUUGUCAAAGAGGAGCCCGUUACAAAGGAGAGACCUUUCGGAAGGGAGGAACCUAUCGUCAAGGACGAAUCUGCUGUGAAGGUGGAAGAGAAGGAGGAUAUUGUGGCACAGAUUCCGGACGAGGACGUCGCGAUUCUAAAGUCCAUCUUCGGAGGCAACACUACUUCGUCAAUUCUUUCACUACACCGAGCUGUCCUCAAAAGCCCCGAACGAAAAGCUAGAGACUUCAAUAGUGUCACAUCUGAAAUUUUGCCGGAUAAAGAACAGCGCACGAAUGCGCAUCAAGCGAUUCGCCGCAUAUUUUCCUCCCGACUUGAGACAAUCACAGAGAAGGACGAGACAAUAACCAUCAAAGCCUUACCCCCGAAGAGUAGAGGUAAUAGGGCACAGCAAAAUGGAGCCGCUAAAAAAGGAGGCAAGGGCAAUAAAAUGAGCUGGGAGGAACUUGGUGGAGAAUACCUCCAUUUUACACUAUACAAGGAGAACAAGGAUACGAUGGAGGUCGUCUUCUUCAUAGGAAGUCAGCUCAAGCUGCAACCUAAGAGUUUCCAGUUCGCUGGUACAAAAGAUCGAAGAGGGGUAACAGUGCAGCGCGUCAGCGCUCGACGAGUCAACGCACGAACAAUGUAUGAGAAGUGCAGGAAUCUCUGGAACGCCAAAGUCGGAGACUACUCAUAUCAUACCCAAGGGCUGGAGUUGGGCGAACUGUUGGGGAACGAGUUCGUAAUCACAUUGCGGGACUGUCACUUCCCUGGUGAAGAAGGCAAAAGCAGCGCACAACGCGUCGAAUUAGCAAACUCUGUGCUUUCGAAAGCCAUCAGAGACUUCAAGGAGAAGGGUUUCAUAAACUACUACGGCCUCCAGCGCUUCGGCUCUUUCGCAGCGAGUACCGACACCAUCGGCGUUAAGCUCCUCCAAGACGACGUCAAAGGUGCCAUAGACCACAUCCUCGAUUUCAAUCCGGACGCACUGGCCGCCGCACAGGACCCGAACUCUACAAUGAUGGUGUCAUCAGACGACAAGGCACGUGCAGAGGCAUUAAACCUCUGGAAGACGACUGGAAAGUCCGCAGCCGCGCUAGAGAAGCUCCCACGCAAAUUCUCGGCUGAGAACAGCAUCAUCAGACAUCUGGGGUUCGUAGACCGUAGGUCCGGCGAGCUCCUCCGCCGUAACGACUUCCAAGGCGCUAUUCAGGCGGUUCCACGGAACUUGAGACUCAUGUACGUCCAUGCCUACCAGAGUUUCGUAUGGAAUAUGGUUGCGGGGAGGCGAUGGACUACGUUCGGAUCUCAGGUCAUCGAAGGCGAUCUGGUGCUUGUCAAUGAGCAUAAGGAGAGAGGCGCGCCGGAGGUCGUCGACCAAACCGUUGAUCAGGCGGGCGAGGUCAUCAUCAAGCCGUCUGGCGAUGAUAGCGCGGCGAUGGCGGACGACGUCUUUGAACGCGCGCGGCCAUUAUCAAAAGAGGAGGCGGAGAGUGGCGAGUAUAGUAUCUUCGAUGUGGUACUCCCACUUCCCGGGUUCGAUGUCGAAUACCCGCCCAACGCGAUCGGAGACUUCUACAAGGAGUUUAUGAAGAGUGAGAGGGGUGGAGGACUGGAUCCUCAUGACAUGCGGAGGAAGUGGAGGGAUAUCAGUCUCAGUGGGAGCUAUCGGAAGCUACUAGCCAGGCCGGGAGAGGGGCUCGGAUUCGAAGUCAAGGCCUACGUGAACGAGGAUGAGCAGAUGGUCGAGACGGAUUUAGAGAGGCUGCAGAAGAAGGGGACGGAUUCUGAUAGCGGCCUCCGGAAUUUCAAGUCAGAAAACGGGAUCAAGGAGGAAUCAAACGGAGACGUCAAGAUGGAGGACGGCGACGAGAAGGUCGAGGCAAAGGUGGCGGUCAUUCUGAGGUUGCAGUUAGGGUCAAGUCAGUAUGCGACUAUGGCGCUGCGGGAGCUGAUGAAGUUGGGUGGAGUCAAAGCAUUCAAGCCAGAGUAUGGAGCUGGAAGGUAG